GCACAGUCGUGGAAGCGCGCAAGGCCAGCAUCUCACUGCUUCUUAGUGUGAGACUGUCAGAGGCCUAAUGUUAGUUGUUAGAAUGGACAUUUUGAAAAUCCGGCAGGCAGGCACAGCGGACCGGUUGAUGGAUUGCUGGACUAGUUUAGAGUAGAAUCGAAGGAAGUUAGAAUUGAGAACUUUUGGAAUAGUUUUUUGAAGAACCACCUGUGGACUAUUACUUGUUUUUUACCACCCCUGUUUAUUUUCUGUCUCCCCUCUCGUCCUCUUUCACUCCCUCCCUAACCCCAUUCCCUGCCCACCUCUCCUUACCCCUCUCUUCCCCUCUCGUCUUUUCUCUGCUGUAUCUACUUCUCGGACUGAUUUAUUUGGCCCAGCUUUUUCCAGAGCGGUCUGGAAUGCACUGUUCUAUAUUUGUCUGCUGCUGAAGCUAUCUUCUCCAUCGUGGAUGAGGCUGAAUCCCGGUGCUCCUUCGGGAAGGACAGGUGGACUUCACUAUUGUGGUGUUGCGCMACCCAUAUCAAUCACCUGCUGAGAGUUUGAAUGUAGUUGGAACCAAGGGAAAGCUUUGGAACUGAGGCUCCAGUCAAAUUCUGCACGUCAACCCCAUUGCCAACAGAAACUCUAAGCUUUCAGAAGGGCUUUUCCUUCAGGGACAAGACCGAGCUGGUCAAGAGUGCCACUGAUAUCGAUGCCAAUCUUCUGCCAGUCCUACCCAAGGUUUCAGAAUUAAAGAAACAUUUUGAAAGCGCUGUCUCCAGCGAUUUACAAAUGAACAGCAGGAAGGAAAGGAUAGCCAGGCGCCUGGAGGGUAUCGAGAGUGAGGCUCCUCUUGCCCUGAUACCUAGCUGUACCGGCUUGGUGGCCAACCGCAUGCUGGAGGAGGACCCGCCACGAUACACCCGGGCAUCAGACCCCUGUGAGCCAAUCAUGGUGAAACGUUACAGCAGAGAGCAGGUGGAGGUCCCACAGAUGCCGGUGUCCUCCCCAGACAGACAGUCUAGGACCCGGGGCAGACCGGGGGACCAUCCUGGACCGGCCGCCCACCCCCAUGCAGAGCCUGUCCUAUCCCCUUCCGGUGGCCCAGUGGACCCAGCCAGCCUCAGUUCCAAGGCCGAGCGGAUCGCCCGCUACAAAGCAGAGCGCCGGCGCCAGCUCUCCGAGCGCUACGGCAUCCUCUUGGAUCAGGAGAUAGACAUGGACUACAGUCCUCGCUACUCGUGCUCACGUAGAGAGUCUGACGCCUCGGAUAGAGGGGCCCCAGCGGUCACAGAGCGUAGGAGAGACAGAGAUAGAGAAAGACAGGAGGUGGAGGAAGGAGGAGGAGGAGGGCGGGAGACUUCCCGCAGAACUCCCUACAGCUCUGGAGUGGGCAGGAUCUAYAUGCAGGCUCACCCUGCUGAGCCUACUCCUGGCCACGCUCCUGCCCCAGGUCACGGUCCAGCCCCUGCAGGCUCGACCCAUAUUCAAGCCCCUCUGCCCACCCGGGAGAGGGCCAGCACCUUCUCAGAGCGGGAGAGGAUGAUGAACCUGGAGAACUACCGGCGGGCACAGGAGAGGACGAUGCCAGGUGGCCUCAGAGGAGCCAGUAACAGGCCCCAUGAUCAUGCCCAGGCCCCCUCCAUCCAGCAGCUCAGCCCUCCUCUAUCCAGGGCCUCCUCCAGAGAAUCCUGCAGCGUGGCGGCCAUCCCCAGCUCCCCUCGUACGGCCCGCCGGGCCUCCCUGCCCUCCACACGCUACGGCAUCUCCCCCGGGGACCUGUUCAUCGAGCAGCAGGCUCAGGCCAUCCUCAGCAGACAGGGGUCUCGUCUGAGUCCAACCGAGCUACAGAACCCAGAAGCUGACGAAGAGAAGCUUGAUGAGAGAGCUAAGAUGAGUGUGGCUGCUAAGAGGUCACUAUUUAGGGAGCUGGAGAAAACCACAGAUAGCGUCCCCAAACCGCGGUCCCGUAACCCUGCCGUGGAGAGGCGCCUGAGACGAGUCCAGGACCGUGCGCGCACACAGCCUAUCACCAAUGAGGAAGUGGACAUCGCUCACACCCUGCAGGAGGCAUCGCAGCACGGCUCUAUGGUGCGGAGCAGUGGAGAGCAGGACGGGGAGAAAGAAAGGGAGAGGGAGGCCCAGCCUAAAGGAGAUGGAGCAGGGCCUGGGCCUGGCCCUGAGGAGAUAAUGGAGGACCUGGUUCCAGAUGAGCCCGACCUUUCAACUCUCAGCCUUGCAGAGAAGAUGGCCCUGUUCAACCAGCUGUCCCAGCAGCCCUCAAAGCCUGCUGCAGAGGGGGCCGGGGCCUCCAGGGGCGACACCCGCCAGCGCCGAGCCAACAGCCGCUUCCAGACCCAGCCUAUUACCCAGGGAGAGGUGGAUCAGGAGAUAGAUCCUAUGGUUACCGCUCUUCCUCCUCCACCUCCUCCUCCGUUGACUAAGAGAGAACAACUGCAGAACGGAGGGGGAGGGGUCAAGCUGGAGCCGCUGUCUGCCUCCCUGGUCCGCUCCGUGGCAGCCGUCACCUCCCAGGUCUCGGUCGCCACGGUAACCGCGGCGACUUCCAGCGGCAGCGACGUCCACCUCGGGAAAUCUACGGCCGUUCACUACAACCCCCUCACCACCACCACCCCCACCACCACCACCACCACCCAGGAGAGGGGAGGGGUGAGGUACUUCAGCCUGACUAAGGGCGGUGACUCCUCCAGUUUCCCUGAACCAGAUCUGUACUCCCCUGGCCCUCCCCUUUCAGAGCAGCAACCGCAGCAGCAGGCUCACAGUAGAGGAGCCGGAGAGAGAGGAGGAGACAGUGGCGUCGCUCCUGGAGCCAGUCGCUCCUCCACUGGCCACAGAGAGAGAGAGGAGGAGGAGGGUGUGUGGGGAGGAGGGGCCAGCAGAGAGGAGAGAGAGAGCUGUGGUAGUAGUGGUGCUGGAGGCAGCAGCAGUAAGGGAAGGCUCCACUCCCCCGACAGCAGACAGCAGCGCUAUCAGCCCCCAGCCCCAGAGCCCCAGUCCCAGCCGCGGCACGCCAACAGUAGCCAGCGGGAGUCCGUCGAGCUUCCCUCUUCGAGGCACGGGAGGGGUGAGUUGCUGGUGGAGCCCAGGCAGCACAGAGACAGAGAGAGAGACAGAGAUAAAUACGGCAGUAGCAGCAGCAUCACCCUGGAGAGGGAAGAGCACGGGAGUUACCUGGGAGAGACACACAGCUCAGAGAGACACACAGAGCUGCAGCACACAGCAGACAGAGCGAGCACACGGAGCAGCAGGAGCAGGGAACUCCUCUCAGGACAACAGCGGGGCUCCAGGAGUGUCUCUCACACCUCCAGUAACCAGCAGAAACAGCAGCAGAUCCAGUCUUUCACCCAGUCUCCCCCACAAACUGAGCCCCAGCCCUACUCCAAACCUCACCAGCACUUCACCCAGGAACCGCCAGCCCAAUCCCAGCCCAAGCCCCAGGAAAGGGAGAGGAGCGUCACCCAGCCACUUCCCAAGCCUUACUCUCAGCUAAUCCCACACACUCAACCCAGUCCCCAGUCCUUAUCCCAGCCUCCUCCUCCCCAGACCGCCCCCCAGACUCUGCCCAAGCCCGCGUCCUUCCCUCAGCCGCUGGUCAAGUCUCAGACCCUGCCUCUGGACUACAGUGACGACAUCACAGGACACAGUGUCUCCGACUUCCUCUCCCCCGGCGAAACAGAACUCUCAGAGAUGUCCUCCAAACAGAUGUCCAUCAAAGAAAGGCUGGCCCUGCUGAAGAAGAGUGGUGAAGAGGACUGGAGGAACAGGAUCAAUAAGAAGCAGGAAGUGGUGAAGGUGGCUGUGACUGAGAGACACUCCACAGUACAAGGACAGGGAUGGGAGGCAGAGCAAACCUACAAGAAGAAGGAGGAAGUGAUGGUCAUUGAUGAGUUCGCUGCUGUCACUGUGUCUGACCAGCUGUGGGGGAAAAUACACUGUGAACCAGAUAAAGGUUUGACUGGGGAACGCCGGCUCAGUCUGCUUCAGCCAUGGAAACAUCAUCAUGACUUCAGACUUGAUUUAUCCAAAAUAAUCUCUAGGAUGGGAGAGGAGAUGGAGAACCAGGCUCAGAUGUCCAUAGAGGAGAGGAAGCAGAUGAUCUCAACACGGGAGGAGUCCUGGGUGUCUAAAGGCAAGGGGGUGGCCAACGACUCCACCCAGUACACUGUGGCUGCACGCAUGGUCAAGAAAGGUCUGGCAGCCUCCUCCUCAGCCAUCAGCCCCAUCCUGUCUCCUGUCUCCACCAAACUCAAGAGCAACGUGCCGGUCAUCAAACCACAGGAGGAAAUCGAAGCCAGACCAGAGAUGAACUUGGAGUCGGAUAAAAAGCUGGAUAAAUUGGAGACAUUUUUGGGACGUCUGAACAGUAAAGUGGCAGGUCUUCAGGAGACCACUCUGACCGUGACAGAGAAGGCUGUGAAGGAGGUGAUGAGGAUGGACGAUGAGAUCUUCUCCAAGUUCUACCGGCACGUGGCUGACUUCCCACGCAUGCCCAGCAGGAUCGAGAUCGACGAGGACUUUGAUGCCAUCUUCGGCACUCAGGCGCCCAAGUUGACCUCAGCCAUAGCGCAGCACAAACGAGCAGUGAGACCAUCGAGGAACGUCCGGGCGUCUAAGAACCCUCUGAAGAUGCUGGCGGCCAGGGAGGACAUCAGACACGAGUACACUGAGCAGAGGCUCAACAUCGGCCUCAUAGAGAGCAAGAGGAUCAAGGAUGAGAAGAUGAGUAAGACUUCGGAGUACUCGGACGCGGCCCUGGCUGGACUGGCCAGUAAGGAGAACUUCAGCAACGUGAGUCUGAGGAGCGUCAACAUCUCAGAGCAGAUGUCCAACAACAGCGCCGUGCCGUACAAGAAUGUCAUGCUGAUGCAGGUCAAAGGCCGCCGUCACGUCCAGACCAGACUAGUGGAGCCCAGAGCCUCGGCCCUGAACAGUGGUGACUGCUUCCUCCUGGUUACUCCUCAACACUGCUUUGUUUGGAUGGGAGAGUUCUCUAAUGUCAUCGAGAAAGCCAAAGCUUCUGAGCUGGCAUUGUUCAUCCAGACUAAGAAGGAUCUGGGCUGCAGAGCGAGCCAGAUCCAGACCAUCGAGGAGGGGGUCGACCCCCAGAGCCCUGCGGCCACAGAGUUCUGGAAGAUCCUGAGAGGAGAGCAGACCUACCAGUCUGCCGGGCCACCAGAGGAGGAUGAGCUGUUUGAGAGUGCCAUAGUGGAGACUAACUGUAUCUUCCGUCUGCUGGAUGACAAGCUGGUUCCUGAUGAUGACCAGUGGGGGAAGGUUCCUCACAGCACACUACUGGAGUCCAAAGAGGUGUUGGUGUUUGACUUUGGCAGUGAGGUGUAUGUGUGGCAUGGUAAGGAGGUGACUCUGGCCCAGAGGAAAGUAGCCUUCCAGCUGGCYAAACACYUGUGGAAUGGAACCUUUGACUACACCUGCUGCGAUAUCAACCCUCUGGACCCUGGAGGAUGCAAUACACUCAUACCCAGGAAGGGCCAGGGCCGUCCUGACUGGGCCAUAUUCGGCAGGCUGACAGAACACAAUGAGACUACCCUGUUCAAAGAGAAGUUCCUGGACUGGGCAGACACGAAGAAACCACAAACAAAGAACACCAAUGAGCAAGUCAGUGAGCAGAAGGAGAUGCCAGGGCGGGAGUGCAGGCCGUAUGAUGCAGCAUUGAUGCUGCCUGUACUCCAGACAGCAGUCAGCACUGUGCUGGACGGGAUGAACGUGGGCCGAGGCCACGGCUCUAUAGAAGGAGAGGACAGGAUGAGGACUCUAGAGAUCAGCACGGUGUCGGUGGAUGUCUGGCACAUCCUGGAGUUUGACUACAGCCGGCUACCCAAGCAGAGUAUAGGCCAGUUCCACGAGGGAGACGCGUACGUUGUGAAGUGGAAGUACAUGGUGAGCGCAGCAGUUGGGAGGAGRCAGAACCCGGAGUUGAGGAGYGCGGGCCCUGGCAAAGAAAAGUGCUGCUACUUCUUCUGGCAGGGACGGCACUCCACCGUGAGCGAGAAAGGAACGUCAGCACUGAUGACAGUGGAGCUGGAUGAGGAGAGAGGGGCACAGGUCCAGGUACAGCAGGGGAAGGAGCUCCCUUGUUUCCUCCAGUGUUUCAACGGGGGGAUGAUCAUACACUGUGGGAAGAGAGAGGAGGAAGAGGAGAACACACAGACUGAGUGGCGUCUGUACUGCGUGCGAGGGGACGUCCCUGUCGAGGGCCACCUCCUGGAGGUCGUGUGUCACUGCAGCAGCCUGCGCUCCAGGAGCUCCAUGAUCCUCCUGAAUGUGAACAAGGCCCUCAUUUACCUGUGGCACGGCUGCAAGGCCCAGCAACGCACACGCCUGGUGGGCCUCACCGCCGCGCAGAGGAUAAAAGAACAAUGUCCGUUGGAGGCGGGGCUCCAUAGCAGCAGUAAGGUGACCAUCACCGAGUGUGACGAGGGAUCAGAGCCCACUGGAUUCUGGGAUGCGGUCGGUAGGAAAGACAGGAAGGCCUACGACUGUAUGUUGCAAGAUCCGGGUAAAUUUAACUUCACCCCUCGGCUGUUCCAGCUGAGCAGUUCUUCUGGGGAGUUUGUAGCCACAGAGUUCUACCACCCCUCCAGAGUUCCAGACCUGGUCAGCUCUCUGCCCUUCCUUCAGGAGGAUCUGUACCAAGCCUCCCAGCCGGCUCUGUUCCUGGUGGAUAACUUCCAUGAGGUGUACCUGUGGCAGGGCUGGUGGCCCCAGGACAGCGAGAGCCCCGGCUCCGCCAGGAUACGAUGGGACAUGGACAGGAAGUGCGCCAUGGAAACGGUGCUGCGGUACUGCAAAGAGAAGAAUGAGAAGAAGCCUCAGAAGUCGUAUCUGAUCCAUGCUGGUCUGGAGCCUCUCACCUUUACCAACAUGUUUCCCAGCUGGGAGCACAGAGAGGACAUCGCAGAGAUCACUGAGAGGGAGGCGGAGGUGUGUAACCAGAUCAUCUUGGUGGAGGAUGUGCUGGCCAGGCUGUGCCAGAACACCUAUCCCCUGGCUGAGCUGCUGGCACGUCCCCUACCUGGGGGCGUCGACCCCCUCCGCCUGGAGAUCUACCUAUCAGACCAGGACUUUGAAAAAGCAUUGGACAUGAAGAGAGAGGAGUACGAAGGAUUACCAGGGUGGAAGCAAGUGAACUUAAAGAAAGCUAAAGGACUGUUUUAGUGUAAAGUUAAGCUGAUGAUGAUUGUGGAGAGAGAUUAAACGCAGCACGUCUUGGACGACAGUGGAAGUUGAUACAAAUGCUGCUUUAUUGUUAAAACCAACGUUUCUGGCUCCGGGCCUUCAUCAGGUUGGUUGUGGAGAGAGAGGACGCAGAGACUGUUGACAUGAUGGAGGCCACCAAGCUGUCCCGCCUCAGCACUUCCCAGCGGCGUGACCGAACCCCAGUAGUGGUUGGUGGUACUUUAACAAUCAGUGGAUGGGCUCAUCAUUUCAGUUGAACGGAAUCAAUGGAAACGUAUCAAACUCAUGGUUUCCAAGUGUUUGAUACAAUUCCAUCCACUUCAUUCCAGUCAUUGUUAUGAGAUAUCCACCCCUCACUAGUUUCCUCUGCUGAACACACUCUCAGGGACAGCUUCUCUGAGUGGGGCACAGGGGGGGGGGGGGG